UUUGGGAUCCUCAUCAUCCUUAGGACAUAAUUCUAGUUAUGUAUGGUGUAAACUCUAGUCUCCCUUAAUAGUGUUGAAAGAAGGUUAUCGGUGGACACUUUGUGAUGAAUCUUUAGUACCAAUUUGGAAUAGUAUGUGGCUUAGAGAUGAGAGAAAUCCAUAUAUAACAACUCCUAGUAAUCACCAACCAGCAUGAUACAUGGUUAGUGGAGGACUCAAUUGGUUAAUAGCGAGAGAGAUACGCAGGAAAUUCAUCAAAGACUUUAAGGACUUUUUUUGUCAAGCUUUGGAGCAAUCUUGUUGGAGAAAGAUAAAUUUGCGAAAUAAGCUUGGAAAUAUUAUGAAGCAAGUGGCAGACUUUAAGGACUUUUUUUGUCAAGCUUUGGAGCAAUCUUGAUCAAUGCCAACGAGUGAGUUUUGCUAUGACAACAUGGAGUAUGUGGUAUAAACGGAAUUUGCAACUUUGGGAAGGCAAGAACCAGACAUUAGACCAGGUCAUUGCUCGAGCACAAGGAGUGCUCGUGCGUGGCAACACACACAAGAUGGUUACAGUAGGACACCGACAGCUACAGCUCAAGUGCAACAUGCUAUUUGAUAUUCACUGCCAGUAGAUUAUGUGAGAUGUAACAUUGAUGCUGCAAUUUUUUUUGCCGGAAAAGAAAACUAGCAUGAGAGCUUGUAUGCACAACGAAGGACAGUUCAUCACAACAAUGUCAGCUCAUAUCAUGACACCAGCAGAGGCUUGGUCGCUACAACAAGGCAUCAUGUGGAUGCUUGACUAUCAAAAUGUGAUUUUUGAACCGGAUUGCAAGACAAUGGUGAACGACAUCAAUAGUUCCAAAGACAAACCAUUCGGAGUAUGGUAACGCUCAUGCUUUAGCAAGAACAGUUUUAUCUCAUACUUGUCGCAUUAGGUUUAAUUAUAUUCCCAAUUGUAUUGCUACUUUAAUUAUGAAUGAGUAAAAUGUCUAUUUACCCCACUAACAACCUUCAAAUGAAACAUAGUAAUGCAAGUGACAGAGGUGUCUUCGCUUUGUAUUCCCACCAUGCAAACAACAACCUUAACAAGAUGUUAUCAAUGGAAGAAAAAAUUACUCACUUUUCUCAUUCUUCCCCACAAACCCUUCAUUCUACUCACUCUCCCAUUUUCAACCAUUCCUUCAUCUCUCUCAUUUCAACCCACACAACACACCAUUGCCACCAUCAUCCACACUCUCUGUGACUCCAACCGUUUCACCGAAGCCCAUCAACGUUUCACCCUUUUCCUCUCCUCCGGUUCAAUUCCCGAUCACCGAACAUGUAACCUCCUCCUUGCUCGUUUACUCCGUUCCAAAACCCCACUUCAAACAUGGACUCUAGUCAAAUCCUUGAUCCAAACCAAACCUGGUUUUGUUCCUUCUUUGGUUAACUACAACCGUUUGAUGGACCAGUUUUGUUUGAUUCAUCGACCGUUUGAUGCUCAUAGAUUGUUUUCCGACAUGAAGAAUCGUGGGCAUUGUCCCAAUGUUGUUACUUAUACCACUUUGAUUAAUGGGUAUUGUUCAGUUGGUGGAAUAAGGGAUGCAGUUAAGGUGUUUGAUGAAAUGCUUGAAAGUGGUUUAGUGCCGAAUUCGAUGACUUAUAGUGUAUUGAUUCGCGGAUUUCUUCGGGAAAGGGAUUUGGAAAGUGGGAGAGAGUUGAUGUGCAAGUUGUGGGAGAGGAUGAAUUUGGAAGUUGAGUUGGGUGUGAAGGUUGCUGCUUUUGCAAAUUUGAUUGAUUCUUUGUGUAAAGAAGGGUUUUUUAAUGAAGUUUUUGAGUUUGCAGAAGAGAUGCCGUGUGGUAGUAGUUUGUCGGGGGAGGUGGUUUAUGGGCAGAUGAUUGAUUCAUUCUGCAAAGUUGGAAGGUAUCAUGGAGCAGCUAGGAUUGUUUAUUUGAUGAGGAAGAGAGGGUUUAUUCCAAGUGAUGUGUCAUAUAAUUUUAUCAUACAUGGACUAAGCAAAGAUGGUGAUUGUAUGAGAGGUUAUCAGUUGUUAGAGGAAGGAGCUGAAUUUGGAUUCUCGCUGUGCGAGCAUACUUACAAGGUAUUGGUGGAAGCUCUGUGUCGUGUAUUAGAUGUGGACAAGGCAAGGGAAGUUCUUAAACUCAUGUUGUCUAAGAAAGGUGUUGACAAGACUAGGAUUUACAACAUUUAUUUGAGAGCUCUCUGUCUUGUGAACAAUCCAACAGAGCUUUUAAAUGUGCUUGUGUUUAUGCUUGAGAGCCAGUGUGAGACCGAUGUGAUUACCCUCAACACAGUUAUCAAUGGUUUUUGCAAGAUGGGGAGGGUUGAUGAAGCUUUAAAAGUAAUGGAUGACAUGUUAUUGGGUAAAUUUUGUGCACCUGAUGUUGUGACCUUCACUACAUUGAUUUCAGGUCUAUUGGAUGCUGAAAAAGUCGAUGAAGCUUUUGAUCUGUUCAAUAAAGUGAUGCCUGAAAAUGGUUUGAAGCCUGGUGUUGUAACAUAUAAUGUUCUUAUCAGAUGCCUAUACAAACUUAAAAGACCGAAUGAUGCAUUCAGGAUUUUUAAUAACAUGGCUGGUGACGGCAUUACUCCAGAUAGUACCACUUAUACAGUUAUGGUAGAAGGCCUAUGUGAAUGUGAUCAAAUAGAAGAGGCAAAGAAUUUUUGGCAGAGUGUUAUAUGGCCUUCAGGGAUCCAUGAUAAUUUUGUUUAUGCAGCCAUUCUGAAAGGGCUAUGUGGUUCUGGCAAAUUUAACGAGGCUUGUCAUUUCUUGUAUGAAUUAGUAGAUUUUGGGGUCUUUCCAAAUAUAUAUAGCUAUAAUAUUCUGAUCAACUGUGCUUGCAAUUUAGGUUUGAAAAGAGAAGCUUACCAAAUUGUUAGAGAGAUGAAUAGGAAUGGAGUGAUCCCUGAUUGUGUGACAUGGAGGGUUCUUCACAAGUUACAAAGCAAUGUGAGGAAGCACACCUCAUCUGAACAUCUAUCCUUGUCAACAGUUGAUGAGGGUGAUGACAUGGAUGAUAAAGCAAGUCAGGAUAGAAGGAAAUGGAUUUCUGCUUGUACUUCAAGUGGUGGUAAACCAUUGGAUUUUACAAGAUAACAAUGAAGCUUGGUCAUUAAUCCCUAUCCAUGGCUGAUAAUGCAUGUUAUGAUAAAAUGUGACAUUAGGAAUAGAGUUGAAAGAGAGUAAGUUUGAGAUAAAUUUUGUUAAAGAUUAUGAAGUUACUCGGAGCGAUGUCACUGUGCUGAAUGAAAACAUGCAUUGUGGUUUUUAUACAGAAUGUGCUGUGCAUGUAUCAACAACUAGUUUCUGACAAAAAGUCCAUUGACUCUUUAACUGUGAAGCCAAGAGAUGAACUUUUCUACACCAAGUUCAAUCCGUCAAUCACUUUGUGAUAACUAGCCACAAUUGUCAUGUCUGAUUGGAACUUCGGCGAGGUGCCAAUUUCUUGUGUCUCAAUGCAUUGCCGCCACAGAAGCCAUCUCUACUUUUAAUAUUAGUCAUAGUUUGAAAUUGUGUUCAAUCACUUCCACCACAUGAUUUGAGUUCUUUCACUGUGAAGUGUAAGAAGGUACAAACUGUAGUUUGAAUUGUACGUGCAUCUACCACUACUCGUCCGUGAAUAAACACGUACUUAGGCUCGUGGUGACGGUGGAAAAUUACACAUUAAACCAUCACUACAGCGUGGAAAGGAAACAAAAGGAAAAAGAAACAGAACAUCGUAUACUCGCAUGAAUUGCAUCUCUCUAGCAUCAGCUUGAAAAUGACAGCUUAGUCCAUGAGGAGGAGUCUCAAAACUCUUCAAACAAUCAUGUUAUCUUUUUCCGACCAAAAAGUUUCACAAGCAUUGCCCUCCCUAAGUGUACGAACCAACUUACAGUUCAAUCUCAAUCUGACAUGUUGCAGAUGCUUUGGUUUAUUGCAGCAUAACAUUACAUAGUCUGAUCAGGAUCUGAACGGAUAAAAAGCACAUUUGUCUUAUCGGAUGAGAGAAUAAAUUGAGUUUAGUACGGUAACUGGUGAUUUUCAGUUGUAGGUAGGAGUUCUUAAAAAUGAAGAAACUCUGAUCAGAUUUUCUGUUGUGAACAUUGCACUCAGCUUUGAAACCAAAAUUUUGUGAACAGGCACAUGCAUAAUUUUCCUUCCUGUUUUUUAAUUGUGAACAUUUUUCACUUCAACAUUUUUCACUCAGUUUCAUUAGUUUGCCUCUAAACCUUUUAAGCCUUUUAACCUUCAAUGCUAUCUAUACUAUCACAAUUACAUGUUCUUUCAUCAGUUGCUUGCUUUGUUUAUUGAUACAAGAAAAGGAAAACAAGAAGCCUUGCCCUCUCUCUCCCACUUGAGAAAACAUAACCAGAAAACAGCAGAAAAUACAGUUCGUCGAUUUGUCAAAUGAGUUAAAAGUUUCACAUUAGAUGAAAAAGUAGGUGUUGAGCAACAUAUAAGUGAGAUGGUAUGUGUAGCUAUUGUCUUAAAGUUUUGGGUGAUGAUGUGGUGUUCAAACCACUUAUAACCUAAUGUGAUGAUCAUUAGACUCCUCUUCCCCUCGCAACUCAACACAGUUUUAACACAAUUUUAAACGGAAAUCAAUUGACUAACAUAAGUAUUUGUACAUCUAUCAGUGUCAAGUAACAUAACAAAGGAGAUGUAGAAUAAAAAAUAUUGCAAGAAAAGUCAGCAACGUAAUCAGCACACAUUAGCAUUCACCUCAAAGAAAAUAUUUCCAAUGUUACACUGUACGAGCGAGUGAUUAAAAAAA